AUGCCGCAUAUCUGUAACAAUCUAGUCAGAAAAAUGUAUAAUUUUAGAUAUAUUAAAUUUAUACCAACUAUUCUGGCAAUAAGAAACAUGGCCACUGUGAAACGAUUUUAUAGAAGGACGAAUAUACUUUCAAGUGGCAGUAAGUUUGAGAUUAUGCUGGAUCAGAGGAAGCUGAAGACACCGCAGGGUAGAGUAUUCGAAGUGAAUAGCAAACCCUUAGCCUUAGCAGUAGCUGCUGAAUGGGACGCGCAGAAGGAGAUCAUUGACCGAGGCAGUAUGCAUUUGACAGCCUUGUGCAAUACUGUAUUGGACAAUCCGCAAAACCACACUAAAGUAGAUCUGGUUCAUCACAUAGUGAACUGUUUAGAAAUGGACACAAUACUGUUUUAUUCCAGUGAGGCAGAUGAGCUGUAUAAGUUACAAGUUGAAAAGUGGGAGCCUAUAGUUCGUUGGUUUUGCAAGCAUUACGACGUGAAUAUCGCGGGGACUCAGAGUAUAGAGGCACCAGCUGUGUCAUCGGAAACCAAAACUACGUUAACGAGACACUUGAUGUCGCAUAAUUUCAACAGUAUUUACGGUCUCGUAUACGCGGUGGAUGGAUUGAAAUCGGUUAUUCUAACUCUCGCCACGGUUGCGAGAACAAUUAACAUCCCGGAAGCUGUGAGUCUUUCGCGACUAGAGGAGGAAUAUCAGAUCUCUCAUUGGGGCAACGUGGAGUGGCAUCAUGAGUAUAGCAAACACGACCUGCAGGCGCGUGUCGCGGCGGCGAUGCUGUUCGUUUAUCUGAACUCGCACUCCGCCACUUCGCGACUGAAGAACGACGCCCCCGAUGUAAGCUGAGUCUAUGCUUGUUACGA